GGGCGGAGGGAGCCGGAGCUGUCACAGGCCCCGCGUCCGCCUGAGCGAGCCAAGUGGGGUGUCAUGGCCGCGGGGGGCAGUGGCUGCACUUCCUCUGCUGGCAGCGGCGGCCGGGAAGUUAGUCCUCGACGCACGGGUCGGUCCCGUUUCCUUCAGUGCGGCGGCCGGCGGGACCAUAAGGGCUUAACUCAUAUAUUUAACCCCCCUCCAAAAAGAUUUGAAAGUAUUCUUGAAGGGCUGUUUGGACCUGCAUUAUUAAAAGAUCUCAGUUUAUUUAAAGAGUGUGAACCAGAAAGCAUUUCUGAUUGGGCUUUUGAUGAGAAUUGUUUGUUCUGUUGGUUGAGAAGAGAUAAAGUAAAGGGAUACUUAGUCGGUCUGGAUGAGCCAGCUUCCGGAGCUGGGCAAGAAGCUUUGCUUAAACAGGAGCACGCAAAAGUCACUCGACUCCAGAGACAAGCAGAAGAGUUCCUCAAUGCAGUCUUUUAUAGAAAAGACAGUCCCUGGGUCUCCGACCCCAAUAUUCCCCUAGUGGCCCGUGAGAUCAUGCAGCGAAUGAUCCAACAAUUUGCUGCUGAAUAUACCUCAAAAAAUAGCUCUACUCAGGACCCUGGCCAGCCCAAUAGCACAAAGAACCAAAGCCUGCCGAAAGCAUCUCCAGUCACCACCUCUCCCACCGCUGCAACUACUCAGAACCCCGUGCUCAGCAAGCUUCUCAUGGCUGACCAAGACUCACCUCUGGACCUUACUGUCAGAAAGUCUCAGUCAGAACCUAGCGAACAAGACGGUGUACUUGAUUUAUCUACUAAGAAAAGUCCAUGUGCUAGCAGCACUUCCCUGAGCCAUUCUUCAGGCUGCUCCAGUACUCAAGGGAACGGUGAGGAUUCAUCAGAGUCAUCAGCAGUAGAUUCUGACCAUCCAUCGAAGCCCCCGCUGGAGAAGUUUAUGGUCAAACUGUGCACGCAUCAUCAGAAGCAAUUCAUUCGUGUCCUGAGUGACCUAUACACCGAAUCUCAGCCAGCUUCUGAGGACCUGCAGCCUCUGGAUUCCACAGCGAUGGAUGUCUCCACUUGCAGUGCUGAUUGUGCCCAGCUGAGCAGCAGACAAAGUGAAAAGGGUGAUGAGUGUCUUGAUGGGAAGUCUCCUGCUUCUCUAAGUUUGUUCUUAGACUCAUCCGGUUCUCCUAGCUCUCUGAGUGUGACUGAAGAAGCUGUGAAAGAGGCACCUCCUGAGACAGACGCUGCAGAUGGAAGAGAGACUGCCUUGACCAUUGUCCAGAAAGAGUCCCCUGAGCUUCCAGAUGCUCAACCUAACUCCAGAGGAUCAGCAGACAGUCCCACAGUGGGAUGUCUCACUGCAUUGGAUUCUUCCUCUUUUAACUCCCUCCACAGUCCCAAAAGCUUAGAGGGGCAAACCACUGGGCAGGAACAAGACACCAGCUUGAAGCCCCGUGAGGAUGCUGAAGACCAUGCCCCAGCCUCAGUUGAAAGUCUGACUGCAGUGGAAGUAGCAACUGAGAAUACUGAAGAGGGUGGUAGCUGUGUUUCUCAAAGAAACUCAUUCAAAGCUUUAUCAGAAGAGACGUGGGACUCGGGGUUUAUGGGAAACUCAUCUAGUACUGCAGACAAAGAGAAUGCUUUACAGUGUUGCUCAACAACAUCCUUACACCAGAAUUUAGAGGGAGAUGAACAAGAUGCAAGGCCAAAGCAAGAGAACCAUCUUCAUUCACUGGGUAGAAACAAGGUGGGUUACCAGACAUACCCCAGUGACAUAGGCCAUUUUGAUCAUUCCAAAGGUGAUUGGCUAACUUCCAGCUCCACACCAGCUGUACACAGAGCAUCCAAUGGUCACUCACGAACCAAGAUGAUAUCAGCCUCCAUCAAGACUGCUCGGAAGAGUAAGAGGGCAUCGGGCUUGAGGAUAAAUGAUUAUGACAACCAGUGUGAUGUUGUUUAUAUCAGUCAACCAAUAACAGAAUGCCACUUUGAAAAUCAAAGAUCCAUAUUAUCUUCUCGUAAAACAGCCCGAAAGAGUACCCGGGGAUACUUUUUUAAUGGUGAUUGUUGUGAACUGCCAACUGUUCGCACACUGGCCAGAAAUUUACGUUCCCAAGAAAAGGGAAGCUGCUCACCAGUAGUACCAGAGGCAGUGGUGACUCCCAAGCAGACUCCUACAAUUUCCACCUCAAAGCAUACAGUAGGUAUACAGCUUCCCACAGUAGAUGAGCAGCUUCCCACAGUAGGUGAGCAGCUUCCCACAGUAGGUGAGCAGCUUCCCACAGUAGGUGAGCAGCUUCCAACCAUAGAUGAGCAACUUCCCACAGUAGGUGAGCAGCUUCCCACAGUAGGUGAGCAGCUUCCCACCAUAGAUGAGCAACUUCCUACAGUAGAUGAGCAGCUUCCCACAGUAGGUGUGCAGCUUCUGGAGGUAGAUACCCCAGAUGAUUCUAGGAAGGAAAGAACCACUACCCUUGAAGGAGACAAAGACAUGUCAUCAGCUAAAGAGCAUCGGGAGCCAGAGGUUUGCCUUACUGUGAAUGAACAAGAUCUUAGCAGCUCCCCUAGGCCAGGAGAGACCACAGCCUGUAGCCCAGCACAUCUUCUGCCUGCUCCCCUGCCUGGUGAGGAUAUGCCUGAUGUUCCAGAAGAUAGCAUUGUGGUCUCACCUCCCACAGCAAGUGCACUAUCUUUCCUUGAGCAAGAUCAGCCACCAGCUUCUCUUUUGGGUUCAGAGGAAACAGAUACACUCCAGGAGUGCCACCUGGCUCCCACAGCCAGAAGCACCCCCUUCAUCUCUGGAGAAGACAGUGAAGACCUGCUAUAUAGACCUCAGUCUUCUCCUGAAACAGUCAUCAGAGAAGAGCAUUCUCCGUGCUCAGAAAAUGAAAGUCCUACUGUGGAUUUUGAUCCUCCCCUAGGUCUAGAACUGUCUGAGCAUGACCAAAGCAUCAGUACUGAGGCUGAAACUGAAAACAUCUCUGGGGAGACACUGUUGCUAGAAGCCGCCAUGCCCCUCCUGGAAAGCAGCGUUGUCAGUGACGAGAACCCAAGUGAGUCUGAGGGAGGAGCAGGACAGCUGGAGGUGCCUGACAGUGACGUAAGAUACUCAUCAGAAAAUGAUUCAAGUCAGGCAAAUGUUGACUUACCUGAGAAUGUGGACAAGAAGAAAAAGGGUAAAAAGCUCCCUGAUGCCUCUGAUAGGUGCCUAAGAAGUCAGCUUGUAGAGUCGUCCUCUGCUGACAAGUGCCCAGGAAGCCAGGGUUCGGAUUCAUCCACGGCUUGCCCUGAAAUCAAGGUUUCUAAAAAUCCUACUGUAAAGCGUUCUAAAAGAGAAGGGCACUCUGGUGGGGCAACACCUGAGGGCUCAGUGAUUGACAGCAUCCAUAGAGAAGAUCUGGAGGACACUGAAAACCCCAGUGUCAGUGAGCGUUCCUCGGAUGAAGAUAUCAAGCAGGAGGGUGAAGGAGUGGGAGUCAUCACAAGGCAGACUCUUAAAAGCCUGCUAGCAAAGGAAGUCAAAAGAGAAGAAGGGGAGACUUCCCCAAGCAGUGACCCCACCACAGUCAGCCAGCCACUGCCUGGGGAGAAUCUGGAAAUCGGUCUCUGGCCCAAACUAGAUGAGAGAGGUGUACGUGUGCCCUCCGAAAGCAUUCCUUGUAAGAGGGACCCAGAGCAGGGACAAGAGGAGCCGAGACACAUUGCCACACAGGAUGUGGAAGCCGCUGUGAGUGUGGUAGGUGUUGAGGACACCCCCUCUAUUGAUGACGCUGGCCUUGCUACAUCUAACUUAGCUGGGAUAUCAGCUAGUCAGAAUGGUGAAGCUGCUGGGCCACCAAAAUUGGUAACACGGCCUAAGAGAUUGCCUUCUUCAACCUACAACCUGAGACACGCUCAUUGUGUGGGUGCCUUGGACACUACAAAAGUGACUUCUGAGAAGAAAGUCAACCCAGCACCAAAGGAAAAUGAAGCUUCCAAGAGUGCAGAGCCCUUAGAUGAGGAUGAUGCAGACACGGUGGUGGAGGAGCAGCCCAAGUUCAUGGGAUGGUGUGCAGAGGAAGAGAACCAGGAGCUGAUCGCCAACUUCAACGCCCAGUACCUGAAAGUUCAGAAGGGCUGGAUCCAGUUGGAGAAAGAAGCGCAGCCAACAGCAAGAGCAAGGAGCAAGUCCGACAAGCUGAAGGAGAUUUGGAAGAGCAAGAAGAGGUCACGGAAGUGUAGGGGUUCAUUGGAGGUGCAGAAGUUCUCUCCUGUUCAGAUGCUGUUUAUGACGAACUUUAAACUGUCUAAUAUUUGUAAGUGGUUUUUAGAGACAACAGAAACUCGGUCUCUGGUAAUUGUGAAGAAAUUAAAUACUCGUCUUCCAGGAGACGUACCCCUUGUUAAACACCCUCUUCAGAAGUACCCUCCCUCCGCCCUGUACCCCAGUUCACUACAGGCAGAACGCUUGAAAAAACACUUAAAGAAAUUUCCUGGAGCCAUGCCCGCUAGGAAUAAUUGGAAAACGCAAAAGCUGUGGGCUACACUACGAGAAAACCCUGGCCGUGGAGAACCAGAGGCUGGCAGUGACAUCAGCCUUGGCCCUAACAGUGAGGACAGUGCAGAGGAAGUCAGGGAAGGUAGAAAGAGCCAUCCUCCCACCACCUUGCCUACUCCAGCCAGCACCCGGAUCCUUAGAAAGUAUUCCAAUAUUCGAGGAAAGCUCAGAGCCCAGCGCCUGGAUAGCUCACUGGGUGGGGCUUCCGAAAUUAAGCAGGGCCGAAAAAGCGUGUGCAUCAACCCGCUGAUGUCCCCCAAGCUGGCCCUCCAGGUGGGUGCAGAUGGCUUUCCUGUCAACCCCAAGAGGGCUGAAGGAAGCAAGGGGAGAAGAGGGAAGCAGAUGCCUGAAACCUUGAUUAAAGUGGAAGGUCAGAACAAGCGCAAACGAGCAAACAGCUAUGGCGCUCAGGAUGAUAAGGACAAGGGGCCAGCAACAAAAGCCAGCAGAGCCCUUUCUGCCAAGAAGCUAGCUGCAAAGGACAGAGUCAGCCAGCUGUCCAGGAAGAUGACCUUGAAAGAGAAUAAAGUAAGGAUCUGUAAAAAGGCUCCCGGGAAGAGCUGCCCACCUUCCAGGAAAGAGAGAGAGGAUGCAAACAAAAGGUCUAGCCAUCCUGCUGCAGCCUCUGACGCGCUGACAAAGCCUGCGAAACAAAGGGGGACAGGAGAAGCCUCUUCAAAGCCCCCAAAAGCUGGAAGGAGGAGCAGGAAGCUGAGCAGUGGUAGGGGCCGAGCCAGACCCUUGACAAAAAGCCCAGAGAACCGGGCUGCCCAGAGAAAGAGAAAGCUCAAGUCCAAACUGGACUCUUCCCAGGGCAAACGGAGGCGGCUAGAUGCCAAGUGAUAGCUGGAUGGCCACUGAGAGAGGAACUGACCUACAGAAGGAACCUUUUAUUUUGCAUUAACAAAAUCUGCUAUUAUAAGCUUAUCAAGCCUUUAAUGUUACAGAGAACACCAGUUUGAGAUGGCAGAAAAUGUAUCUCAGUUGGAGAAGGGAACUUCAGAGAGUCCUUCUCCAUGGCUAAGGGAAGUUGUACAUUAUAUUCUGGUUGUUCCUUGGGUUUUAAACUUGGAACCAAGCAGUUUUUGUUUUAAGAAGUACAGUGCCUUAUUUAUCCUUUUUGUUUAAAAUUUGACAAAAGCUAAGAAGCUGAUGUAUGUGACUAAAGGCUUGUAUUUUAUACUUGACGCACAAGCACUUGCUCUGUCACUGAGGAGGCCACCGCCGCGCAUGCGUGAGCGAGCGAGCGAGCGAGGAGCCGGCAGCAGCUGCCUGUGCGCCCCUGGACAGGUGCACCUUGCAGACCGCAGCACAACUCCCCUCUCUGUCUUGUUUGGGUUUUAUUUGAGUGAUAUUUGAAAGCUGAACCAAAUCAUUUCUAUGGUAUGUGGAGAAUGCAGGGGAUUUAUAAUUAUUAUAAAAGAUUAAUAUUUCUGUUUCCUUCUAAAAACUCAUUGUUUAUCACCCCUUCAUCCUUUUUUUAAAUCAUUUCAGAUCAUGUUCUCUAAUUUGUGUGCCCAUGGGACAAAAGAUGUGCUAGAAACGCCCCCUCCCAAACUGUGUUACUGCUAACUGUGUCACCCUCCAGUUUGGGACCAUGCAAGCAUGGUAGUACUGCUUACUCUAUGAUACAGGUUUGCGUUCCGUUUUUUUUUUUUUUUUUUGUUCAAGUUUUUUGUGUAUAUUUUCAUCUUGUAGCUGUCAUUUGACCAUUAGAAUGAGCUAUUCUUUGUCUCAUUUCUUACACAGAGUACUUCCCUAUGCAGUGAAAGUCAAAAUGUUCUUUUCAGCAGUAGGAAAGCUUAGCCUUGUGCAUAUACAUCUGGGUACAUCUGCUUGUAGUUGCUGUCCACAGUGUCUUCUGGUACUAGUUUCACAGUAAACUUCCCUCUUCCCCACGCAGUGUAUCUGUAAGCAGAGUAAUUAGCAGUGGCCAGAUGGUUGGAUUCAUUGUCUCCAUACACAUCUCUAAUACCACUUUCACAGCAGACUUGGAGUGCGGUAGGGUCCCGGGCAGCUGAGAGAAGCUGCCCAGACCCCCCUCCCCCCAUACACAGCUGAGUGACGUCAGCUGGGACUCCCUGAUGUGAAUGAAUAGCCUUGCCUGGAGUAGGUGUCUAUUCUGAUUGAUAGUUCCAUCCUCGUGGCUAAAUGCUUGCCGCGUUGCUCCUCCCCAUAGCACGUCACUCUGUCCUGUGGCUCAGAAAUGAGAACUGCAAUAAUUGAAGGUGAUGAUGUUUGCCUUCCCAUUGGCUUUACUCAGUGCCUCUGACGUCACUCCAUUAUAACCAUGUGUACUUGACUUUUCCAUCAGGCCAGUCAGCAAACCACCUGGUUGCUAAAGCCUCAGUCGGCUUUGACAUGUUCUGUCGUCAGAGGCUUGCAUGGACAGCUGCUGCCCUGUUUUAUUAAAAGUUCCUACUUAGGUUGUUUCAGAUCUUUUUAGAUCAACCCAGAUGGACUUCUUUUAUAUGCAAAUCAUGAUUAAAAAAAAAAACAGGCCUUCUACCUAUUUUGCUAUUGUUAAAGGUUUGCUGCAGAUAAUGGAAACUUCUGAUAAUUGGGUAGGACUGGAGCUUUGAUUCUUGAGAAAUUGAGAAUUGUGUUGAAUUUUACAGAUAAUGAAAGUUGUGCUUUCAUUUUUUUAAAAUGUCACCUCUGCCCCAUGAACGUUCGUGGACUUUCUCCCUCACCGCCUCCUUCACUCCCCUUCCCUUCCCCACCCCCAUUAUUCUUUUUAUUAUUAUCUUUGACCUUGACCGCUCACAAGCUACCUAUCGUGAGACUGCUGAGUGCGUGCUCGAAACUCUCUCUCAGCAUUAAGUUGCACAGAAGCAUUAAUGUGUUUUGAGUAGGUUCAUUUAAUAUUUUAAAAAUGGUUUUAAGGCUUAAAAGAGCUUUUUCUAUAGUUGUCACUGGAUAUUGUUGUAGUGACUUAAACAGCCAGGCUUACUAAUGUGAGGUGUGUCAAUGCCCGUACAUAUGAGGCGCCCUGGCCACUCCCUUGUAAGGCUUGGGUUAGGUUAGAGGGAUGAGUGAGGAAUAAGUCAAUGGGACACUUCUAGUUUCAAGUUUGUAAUUCAUUCCAUUACUUUCCCGGUGUGUUUUCAUUUUUAAAAGCUCACUUCAAGAUAGUAGGCUGCAUUUGCAGGAGCCAUGUGGAAGCGUCUGUUAUUUACCUACGUAAUAGUGCAGUAGGCAUCUUUAAAAUCGGCUUACACUUCUGCAUUUAUAUAGAUGCACACUUUACAAAAUUAGGACAUUUAAGGGUUUUUAAUUAUUUCACGUUUAUUGAAUUCAUUUUUGCUGAUAUGGUUAAUUUGUUAAUAGAAGAAGAAAAAAAUCAAAACUUGAUGGUAGCUCUAAACCUUUCUACACCCAUGCCUGAGAAAUUGUCCCUUCAGCAUCUCCGGGCUUGGCUCUGACUCUUUGUUCUCCUUCCUUCCUGUAGCCAUUUUCAAAUAUGACUUCCCACCAUAUGUGAUGCACUCUGUUGCACAGUUUGGAUCCUAAGUCUGAAAGGCGUUCUGCUCCUGGUCCUACGCUCUGUAAAGUGGCUAUCUAAGGCUCUAGCUGAAGUUGAUGCCAGAGGACUAGUGUCCCCUCUGUUCAGGAUCUGGGAGAUGUCCACGAAGCUAGCUGAGAAGCUCUGUGUGGCUUUCCUAAAGUGCAGCCUGCUUUGGUGACCCAUUUUCUGUCCUGUUAGGCUCCUAGGAAGGGCCUGCUGUCUCGCUGGGGUUCAGAAUCUUGCCCAGGCACUUUCUAUGUUCUAGUAGCUUCCAGCAUAGGAAUGUUACCUGAGUCUAUUGACCCACAGUUGCUAGUUCCUGGGAUUACUUAGGUUUGGCUGUUUUUAUUUUGUUGUUGUUAGGUGGGGUUCUUUACUGAAGACUUGAUCCUGUCCUAUCUAAACCACAGUCAAGCUGUGGGGUUUGUGCCUCAUCGUUCUGUAGUGGCUUAGAGAGAAGAGCCACUUCCAUUUCCCCCAUGGACCCUCUGCAUCCCCUGAGCACAUAAGUCAUCAGCAAGAAUCACCUUAAGAUAGAUGCUGUAAAUCAGGAUUUGGCCUGUUUCCAGCCUUGUGAUGGCUGCUGUACUGAGGGCACAACUGUCACUCGUUUAUGAGCAACAUUUCUAUUGAUUAGCAGACCUAAGGGUCCCACAGGAAAUGACACCAUGCUCUGUGAUGCACACUGGAGAUGCUGUGGUGUUGUCAUCAGCAAGUCUGUGCUUGUCAUAAUACUAGAAGCAGACUGAGUUACCCAGAAGCUGUCCAAUGGCUGCAGAGCCAUCUCCAUCCCUUUGGUCUCACGUCAGCCAGUGCAGGCCUCCUCUUAGCUUACCCUUGAGCUGUCAUAGACAUGUAAACUGUGGGCCGGCUACUCAUAUGUAUAAAUAAAGUUGUAUUAACUUAGAACCAUGUCCAUUUGCUUAUUGGUUGUCCAUGGUGCAGAUUAAACAUUUGGAAAAGCAGUCAGGAAGCCCACAAAACCUAGAAUAGUUACUAUUUGUAUCUUUGAAAAAGCCUGCUGACCCCUGCUUGAGAAAAUAAUCCCUUUUGGGAAUAAAUCUUCCCCCAUUCCUCUUCUGCCUCAACACCCUCUGUCUCCCACAUCCUCCGUCUCAGUUGUCUUGAGCACGUUUCUGUCUGCUCCUGCUGUAGAGACACGUGUCACUGAGACAGCUUCAGAGUAACUCAACUCUUAACAAGCUGUGUGUCUACCUUUAAGUCCCUCCCUCCGGCCCCACAAUGAAGCCACCACAGCCUAUAGACCAGAACCCUUGAACAAGUUGCCUUUGGAGUUCUUAAGUUGUGUGGACUAUCCCAUGUUGCCUCCCAUAGCUUCUAAUCAUAGAGCUUUUUUUCCCAAGGCUUCCUCCCAAAUCCUUUGCAAAGAAAGACUUUUAAAAACUUAAAACCAGCAGAACUAGGAAACUAGUGUUUUGAGACAGCUUUCAAAAAUGAUUCACCUACAAGAGAUGGAUUGUAGGGCCAGCUACUUGGCAGCAUCCCAUUCUUCUGCACCCAAGGGACUACCUGGUGAGCAGUAUGCAAAAGCUGUCCUUAGUCAUGCUUUUGUCUUUGGAGUUGAGACCAUUGCCUCCUCCGUGGAGUUGUGGUUUCCCAAGCUGUAGGAUGGUGGCUUUCAGUGCUCUGGGCCCAGCUCUUCCUCUAGCAGACAGGCAGCUGCACAGACAUGUGUUCCAAGGAAGGAGACCCUGAAGCUUCCACACCCUGUGGGCCUGUCCUGUUUGACAGGCUGUGCAGUUUGUAAGCCUCUUGAAAGCAUUGACUGCCUGUCUGAAAGAGCAUCCAAGUGCCUGUGGUAUUAGAAUACCCCAGAGGUUGGGUAAAUGGGUUUACACUUUUUGAAUUGGACAAGCAGAGAUGAUAAAACAACUAACAAACUGUAUGUGGUCCACACUACCUAGAAACUUAUUCCUUGACCUUUUAGGUCAGUGUACUGAUUUUUGCAAAAAGUCAUUAUCAUUGUGUGGGUGGUUAGGCACAUGUUUUCUUUGUGCAUAUAGGCCAGCAUUGCUGUAGUCCAUUGGGUAUCUUGCUUGUCUGUCUCAGCACACAGUUGGCUUUAUGCUGCAUCACUCCUGAUUGUGUUUGUACGGAAGAAGGAGAGCAUCUCUGUUCAUUAGAUACUUGCUGAUGAGUUAGUUGCAGAAUCACCAUAUCUACUAGGGUCUAGUUUAAAGUACAGUCUUGUAAACAUGCAUUCAUCUUUGUUAGGCAUCACAGUGAACUUGACUGAUGGAGACAUUCCACCAGCAGUGCUUGGCACAUGCUGAUUUCCAGUGGACUUAGAGAGCCUAUGGUAGAGCCUCUCUCUGAAAGCAUAGGAACUGGCAGUUUCACACCCGUAGUCCUCAUUUUUCUUCUGUAUAUAGGAUCUGUGCAGGUUUACGUUCUCAAGUUUGGUUGAUAUCUGUGAAUACCAGUGGCUGAUCUUUGCGUGUUUGGAACCUGAGUCCAGGCCACACAUUUUUGACAUGGCCAGUGUGCCAACGGCACCUCGUCCGUGCACCAGCAGCUUUAGGCAAGACAAGUUCAGGGCCCUCUUGGUCAGGCCUGAAACUUGGUCAAUCCUGAAGCAGCUCCUCAUCUGGGGAGUCAUUCUUGGUACCUUGCCUUUCCUUUUCCCUCCUGCCUCUGGCCCCCUUCUGGGUGGCAUCUUCUCUGGGACACCCCCCGCAAGUGCUUCUCUGAAUGCAUACAUGCCACAUGAGAAGGAUUUCUCUCAUUGCUAGAUUUUCACAGUGUUUAGUGGGCUGUGUCUGAAUGCCCUUCAGUGAUCACCUUUUUCCCACUCCAGUUGGUACCAUGAUGUACAUCUUGCAUUGUGUUGUAGUUAGAGCUGUAUGAAGUGUUCGGAAGCAUCUAUGGUAAAGAUACUAUACAAAUAAGAUUGGCAUAAUUUUGUAUAUUUAUAUCACAGGUAGGGAUUAUUGCUAGAGCCACUGUAUCUUAGGGUAAUUAAUUUCACUAGUGGCUUCUGCAUUCUUAGUUGUUCUAGGAGACUGUAUUAGUGACUAAUUUCAAAUAUAUAGAGUACAUAUUUAUACACACCAUUGUGGAAUUUAUUUUACUAUGUAAAUAGUGAUAUUUUCCUGUUCAAAUGCUUCUAUACAAAGUAUUUAUUUUAACAAAAUUAGUUAACUGUCAAAAGGGCUUUCCAAAAACUUCUUGCCAUCUGUUCUCCCAACUCCCAUGCUCGGCCAUCAACCCCCUAAACAUCACAGUAAUGGCAGGAGGCUGUAACCUUAAACCCCUUCCUGUAUUUGGGUAGACACAACAUAGAUUGGGAACCUGCUCCCACUGAUGCUCCAUUCCAGAUCAGAGUGGGACUUGAAGGACUCUAACUUUGCUCAGCCCAGCAUCGGGGCUUCCCCUAACAGCCCAACUCACACAUGCACCAUUAGUACAUUCAGCUGUUCACUUCCAUGACCCGUGCAGGAAAUUGACCUUGGUUGUAGUCCCUUGGCAAGCAGCCUCAUGCCUAUGCAAUGAGAAGAAAUGACUGUGGUUGCCAGUAUGAGCUUCUAGUCUGACUCUCAGAAUUUGAGAGUCACCCUUUCACACAUCCAUAGGAGACACACAUCACCUUCUGCAUAUUGCCAACACUUGAGAACACCUUGGCUUGCCUCCUCACCCUUUCCCAUCAGGCAUCUAUGCAGAUGUGGCCCUGUCCCACCCAUCUGUAACCCAUGGUUCUAUCUAAAAUGUAUUCAGCUUUACUUCUCAGGAGUCCUGGUCUGUAGUUCAGAGCACCCUAGACGUCAUGGAACCAAUGCUUCAUGGUUAUGCAUGGCCCUUUUCCCUGUGCCUCAUCCAUGGGCACCCUAUCUGUCACCAGGCCACCGUGCCAGAAUGGCUGGAUUGACCUGCAGCUCCAGGACUCUAGGGUGCUUGGAGACCAGGUAUGUAGGGAUUACUGUCAUCCAUUUGAACUGUAGUUUGCGUAUUUCCUAUAGCCUUCCUUUGUCUUUUCUAAACAAGGAAGGCUCUUGAACAGCAAUGCUGGAGAAUGUUUUUCUAAGAUGCUGUUUGUAAGCAAGUCUGAUUUUGAGAUGAAAUGUGAAUGGGUAGCUAGGUGCCAGGGAAUUUAGCACUGAACUAGACAGUCAAAACUUUUUUAACUUUUGCAGAAAGUAGAAUCUGUUCUCAUCUAAAUGUUCACAAGAUGUAAUGCUGUAAAUAGUUUUCUAAGAAUAUUUAUUACACGCGCUGUAUACAGACUCAUGUUCUGAGUGAUGUUGGUUUGCAUUGUAUUGUAGAAGAAUAUAUUUUGAGUAGUGAACUUCUUUCAUAACACAGUUCACUCAUGGAGAAAGAAAUGAAACCAGCAGGUUGAGAGCUGUGUGGGGCAUUUCAUCUGUAAUGGACCAUCCAAUCCAAGCUUUAACUGCCCCUAUUCUCAUCUGGUUGUGUUAUAUAUUAUAUAUAGAUAUAUAGAUAUAUAUACAGAUGUACAGUAAAUUGGUCAGUGCCUGGGUCUGCAGAGCAGAUUUCCAGGUGUUCUUUCUGAUGUGUUUCCAUAGCAAUAUGACCCCAGGUGCUGACCAGUCCUGUUGUCUCAGAGGAUCGGGUUGGGGGACAGCUCUUGCAAAGCCUCUUGCCUUUCCUAAGAGGCUGCUUUACUUGAAUUGUUGCUUCUGUUUCUUCUGCACGCUCCCAUGUCACAAAACUAUAGCAGUGUGUGGGAACUCUCCCAGCACCAGACACAUCAAAAGUGGACACACCACUCAAAAGGUUAGUGAUUUCCCAGGAACUUGUAGAACAGAUGAGACAAAGCUCAUUUGGCCAUAGAAUAAAUGUAAGGAAUUUUUACCCGAGAAACAUACGUGGCCUAUUAUAUUUCCCCCUGCUCUGUCUGACUUACCUUUAGAAACCAGCCUAUGUCCUGCCUUCUGCCUCUAUGCCUCAGCUCGAGAUGUCCGUGGUCCCUAGAGUCUAGUUAGGCUCUUAGUGUGUCCGACUCUGUUGAGCAGCCUUUCCUUGUGACCGUCCUAAACUUACUGAAACAGAUACCCACGUCCAGAAAACCACUGUUAAAAAUGAUGUAGCUUUUUAGGCUUUUGGAAUAUGCCUCUCUCUUUUUUAAUUUUUUUAUAUUUCUGAUGGUGUUUGGGAUUCACUAGUGUUUUUUAAACUGAAGUGGGUGCAUUAAGGUAAACUUUCUACUGCUGCACCCAAAAGCAUGCAGAGGAGAGGACUUGCCCUGCAUCGUGUUGUUGGGAGGUGACUACUUAUGGUGGGGGGAGGGGAGGGUCUUGUAGAUGAUACACGAAGGUGAGAUAGAAAUUCUGGCCAGAGCUUUCCUAAGUCUUUGGUAUUUUGUAAUGAAAAUCCCCACAUUAGCCUCAUUUAAUCUCAAUGUAAGCCUGCUGUUUACCCUCAGGGAACAAGUGGUUUUCAAAAUUGAGCUCCUCCAAGGUCCGGGACCAGUGCCUGUGUAGGCUGGUCAUCUUUGUGAUCUCAUGGCAUUAGUUUCUCCUAUGCAUUACAACACAAGAUGUUCAACCCCACCCUGUAUGAAAAGCACAGCCCAGUGCCCUAUUUUAGGCUAGUGUCCAUGCCUUUGAAGGGCCUGGGGGUCCUAGGAGGCCCAUGCAAUUUAACUGAAGCUCAGGUGUGCAUUGGAUUUUGCUUCUAUUAGGCCACAACCCUUCAGAAUGAGUUUAGGGCAGGGGCUGCGGAUCCAGCUCCAUUUCAGGGAGCUGAGUCUCCACCAUUCCUCAAGUUUUUACUGGUCCCUCCUGGUGUUGUUGCCGAGGUCAAUCUUGUAGGUGUUUGGAUGUGCUCCUUUCUGCUGUCUUGUGAGUCUUAGCCAGUGCUCCAGAUGCCCAAGAGUGGGGCCUGCGGAGGGUUGAGCCCUCCCAGACCCCAGCUCCUUCCAAACCAGUGAAGUGAGAAGAGUCUGCAGGUGCCACCUGGCAGAGCAGUGCACACAUCUUGGGCCUGGAUUCCACUGUUAGUGAGUGUAGGAAAAUACUGUGUCUUUAACAGAUGAAAAUUCAAUGUAUGCUGUGAAUUUUUUGGUUUGAAACAUUGAAAAAUUUUCAUUAGACAAUGUUUACAUACCUCACCUGAAGAACCUUUGAGAGUGUAUAUAUGAAAUUUAAAAAUAUAUUAAGUUGCUUUAAAACAGUAUGUAUAGCUAUAAAAGUUGGAGUUAUUUUAACUUUGAGUAUGUACCAAGUCUCUUAAAUAUUUGAAAUCUUGUAGACUUUUUGUGCUUCUGUGUUUUGCUUUUCCUGUUGGACCACAUAGAUAACUGUGUUCUUGUUACUGAUAAAGGGGCCCACACUGACGUUGAAGUGGAAGGAUUUCCUGUGGUGGUUUUGAGAGAAUGGGGUGUAGAGGUAGAGAUCAGCGUGUGGGAGGGAUUACUCUUAACAUUGACAUUUAUUCUGUGAGCUUUUUCCAAGCGCUUAUUUUACUGCAGCGUAUUAAACUUCUUUGAUAUUAAA